UCCAAGGGAUUGGUGGGGGAACAGGCAAGCCAGGCAUCGCUGUGGAUGUUGAAGAAGGAAGUUCCUCAAACCUCUGCAUCUUCACUUGCUCAGUCUGGAAUUACAGCUAUUUGUUACAAAGCACUGUGUGUGGCUUGGUGGAGUGUGCCUGAGGAAACGCAUCUUGGAUACCACUUGGGGCUAGUCUUUCUGAGUUCUUCACAUCUCUGAAUAAUUCUCAUCAUUAUCAUGGAGCCCAACAGCCCCAAGAAGAUACAGUUUGCUGUGCCUUUAUUCCAGAGUCAGAUUGCACCUGAGGCAGCAGAGCAGAUAAGGAAAAGAAGACCUACACCAGCAUCACUUGUGAUUCUCAAUGAACAUAAUCCCCCAGAAAUAGAUGACAAAAGGGUGACCAACAACACACAAGGAGAAUCACAGAAUGCAUCACCUAAGCAGAGGAAGCAGAGUGUAUAUACACCGCCCACCAUGAAAGGGGUUAAGCAUCUGAAAGGACAGAAUGAAUCAGCCUUCCCUGAAGAAGAAGAGGGCGUAAACGAGAGAGAGGAGCAGUGGGACCAUUAAUACCAGUCUGCAGCAAGAAGGCUUCCUGGGAAUAACCAAACUAGGAACUUUUCUGGAUAUCCCAUGGAACCCCACUGCUUGACUUCCGGAAGCAUCCUCCAGCUCUGCACUGCAAAUCUUAUGAUCAAAUGCACCACCUGGAAGCCCCCACAACUGAACUCUAGAACCAAGUACAAGUUGAUCCAUGUCACAAUUAAAUAAGCAUUUAUUUUACAGUGAUUUUUCUUUUGAAUUACAUAGGAACUUGUGAACAUGUGACUGUUCUAACUUUAAAACUGCCAGAGCUUGAUCCCUCAACCCUACUGAUAUGAUUUGCAUUCUAAAGUGAAAUGUAAAUAGCAUCACUUUAAGAGUAAAAAAUAUUAAAUACACUUAGACAUGAGUGUCUUGGGGAUUAAUUUAAAGAAGAAUGUCUAAUGGAAUCUUUAAGAUCUGCAUUUAUCAUGUUUCUGUAAAUAGAAUAGAAAACUCAGUUUACUUUAAAAAGACUAAGAAAUAUCAGAUUUCUUGAUUCAAAAUACUAUAUCAGAUACUAAAUAUUUCCUUUUCCAAAAGCACAUUACUUAAAGAACCAUAGAAUUCUUUUUGUUUUCUAAACUGUGUGAUAUGUAUUUCCCAGCAUUUCAUCUGGGUACUAAAAGAGAAAAAUGCUAAAUCUAUAAUAAAAUGUCAAAUCUCCUUUAUCCCCUUUUUGACUAUUACUUGAAAUUUCAACCACCAAUUCCCAUUGCAUUUAAAUAAAUCAUUAGCAUUUUAUAAAUCUUCUGUAUCAUAAAAUAUAAAAUUCUAUUAAUUCUUCCAUAGAUCCACUCAUUUACUCAUUAGUUCAACAAUUGUUUGUUUAUGAACUUAUCCCUAGGAAAGUACUCUGCUGGGAGUUAGGAAAAUAAAGAAAAGAUAAUCCCUCUUGUGUAGAACUGGCAUCUGUAUAAAGUAAGGUUUUAUGAGACAAAUGUGUACUUAAUGAAUACAACUUUUUGUAACUCAAAUUUCUGGAUUUUUGAACAAUUUCAAUUAUUCAUAAUUAUUGGAAUGUACAAUUUAGGGGAAUAGAGGAAUGUCAGUCUGGUUCCUAUAGGGAUGAUAUUAGUGAAGUUCCAAUGUUUCAUGAAAGGACGAUAAGAUAAGAAAUCUCAAAAAUCAAUAAAGAGGAAAUUAAGAUAGGAAGAAAAAUGUAAAAUCUUGCUACCAAGAAGUAAAAUGUUUGUUUUUAAGUUUGAAUAGGAACUUUGCAAUAUAAUAAUUAAGAAGAGACUUGUGAGAAACUAUAACAGAAUACAGCAAAAGUGGCAUUUUCCUUAAAAAUAUAUGCAAAACUCACUGAUAAGUAAUAGCAUGACUAUGAGUGAAUACUCUUUCUUUCCUCCCUUUCUCCCUUGCUCUUUCCCUUCUUCCCUCACUCUUCUAUUUCUCUCUCUCUCUCUCUCUCUCUCUCUCUCUCUCUCUCUCUCUCCACUCCCUCCCACUCCCACACUUUUUUUUUAAAGCCAGUUAUUCCCAAAACAUUUUGGAGGUUCCUAAGCCAUCUGCUAUGACUGAUUUCCCAAGUUUCUCUUCGCUUAAAACCUGAUUAAGGUUCAUAUUUGUUUUAAGUGAUUUUGAAUUAUUUGGAAAACAUCCUGACACUUCUUGAAAGUAUUUGAGACACCCUGAAGUCAAAAACAAAACAAAAACACCCCUUUCUUUCCUUGAAGAGACACUUUUAUAAAUAAUUUUUUUUUUCCGAAAGAAUUUAGGCAAAUAAAAAGAAACCAAAGCUUUUGCUGAUUUUGUAACACCAUUUGUAGAAAUAAACAGCUUGACUUCUGGAUCCUUCUAUUCUGUUCUCCAUUCUCAGGACAUAAAGAAAUAAAAAUUAAGAACAUAAGUUUUUCUUGGGAAAUGUUGGUUUCUUCUAUUCUGUUCCCCACUCUCAAAGCAUAAAAGGAUCACAAUUGAAAACAUAAGUUUUCCUUGGGAAAUAUGUUGAUUUUCUCAGAAAUGGGAGGAAACAGCUCACAUAAUGGAUUUUUAGUUUCCUUUCCACACAAUUAUAAUUUACAAUAACUUUUUUUUUUCAAGAAGACAACGUGUGGCUUCAGUUUGGCUGAUGGGUGAAGGAAUUUUCUGAUGAAAACAAAAUGAAAGUUUUGUAUUUCCCAGACUGCAUUUAUAAUAUAAAAUGGUUAGUAGGUAGGCUUUGAGUCAAUUUGACUUGAAUUAAAAUUCUUCUUUCAUCAGAUUUUUGACUGAGUUUCCUCAUUUAUAAAAUAGGUACAGUCAUGCCUAUCCUACUGUGUCCUUAGGAGACUUAAGAGAGAAGAUUAUAAGAUGCCUAGCCCAGCUUAGUGAGCAUUUAAUAAUUGGCGUCUAUUGUUAUUAUCAGAGUUAGAAAGACCUGGGAGAACAUCUGUCCAAUCCUGCCUAAUGCCGGAUCCUCCUCAGCAUUAUGGAGAUCACUACACUUACUCUUUUUGAAUAACUAGAGCUAUUCUUCUCUGUGUUAAACUCUCUCUUUCUCCUAGUUAUUCUUCUCUGUGCUAAACUCUCUCUUUCUCCUACAUCCUCAUCUCUUCCUUCUCCACCUUCUUACCUCUGAAGACACCAGAAUUCUGUCAACUCCUUUCAUACAUAUCCACCUUUCAGAUAUUGAGAAAUGCUCUGAUGUCAUUGUCUAAAUGGUCUCAUUUAUUCCAUAAAUCUCAUCACGUCCUCCAAAACUUUCUCAGCAUCCUGGCCACCUACUUUUGGGUUCUCUUUAAUUGUUUAUACUGAAUGUAAGAGAGGUUAUGUCAGGCGUAUAUGUUACGGAUUAUUAUUUUUUAUCCUCCUAUAUGUGAGAAAGGGGCAAAGAACGUGGUAGGGCAGGGCAGGGCAGGAAUUUCGGCCAAAGUUUAUUCUAUUGGACAAUAAAGUUGUAACCCGUUUUUCUUCUGAGAGUUGUCCAAAAUAAGGGUCUUUAUUAAAAACAAAAAUCUCACACAAAUUUCUGUUCUUAAGCAAAUUUUUACUAUUCACUUUUAAUUUUAAUACAUAUGUCAUUUAUUUCUACAUUGUGAAAAAUAAGAUGAUUUAGGUUAACCAAGAACAAAUUAUUUUAAUUUUUGUAAUUAUACAUUUUGUUAAAAUAUGUAUAAAAGUACAGAGACAACAACUUCAAAACUAUGAUUUUGUAUCUAUUAUUGUUUAGAAUGGGGGUAAGUUUAAAGUGUGAAUAUAUUUUAAACCAUUAAAAAUAUAAUUACUAUAGUAGAGGAAGUAUCUCCAAACCACAAAUGUAAUAUACAAUGAAAUGACCUUUAUGGAAGCAUUGGUUUUGUAUGUUAUCACAGCAAAUAACUAAAUUGUUAAGUAUUACGGAAUUCAUUUAAUUGUAUUGUGGGUUUAUGAAUUCACAAAUAAACC